CAGGUUCUUAGGCAAGGCCCCCACUGAUGAGAGCCUCUGGCUGUGGGCCAGGCUCAGAUGGCCACAGAAAACUAACAGCACAGCCCCCAGCUGAACCGCAAGCCUCUGCCCCACUGGCCCUAGCUCAGAGCAAAGCAGAAACUCGAAGCAGACGCUGCUUCCCAAAAGCAGCGCCCAAAAAGAUGCUAGGGCAGGCGCCAUGGGCAAGGCUGUCUCCUUCUGGCCCUGCCGUCCUUCUGCUGGCACUCUGUGCUGGAGUGACCACCCAGGACAUCUGCAGCUCUCCAGGAUUGCAGGAGCAUGGAGGUAACGACCAGACUCCAGUCCUGUACCUCAACGCUUCCACUGCCAAGGAGGGGGAAAUAAUUCUCUUUCAGUGUGCCAUUGAUUGGCAGUUUCCUGCUACACGAGUUGUCUUCUGCAAGAAUGGGCUGGAGGAGUUCAGCCUGAAAGCCCAGCAGGGCAAAGUCAUCUAUGCUCUGGUCCUGAACAUCACCUCCAGAAGUGCUGGGACGUACAAGUGUGGGUACCAGCAGAGGAACGAGAGCAACUGGGUGAGGAACUCUGCUCUCAGUGCUCCCCAGACCUUGUCUGUGGCAGGUGCACGUGCUGGUGAGACCACCCAGGACAUCCACAGCUCCCCAGGCAGCAGCCCCUCACACAAGGCCCAGCUCCCUUCCAGAGGUGAGACAUUGCUCAUCAGCCCUUCCCAGCACAGCUGUCCUCCAAGGCUUGCCUUGGCCACACUGUGUUCCUCCUCUCUCCCAGGGUCAGCCAUGUCCCUGGAGGUCUGGAUCCUGCGCUCUGCCCUCAGCCUGCUCCUGCUGCUGUCUGCCCCCAUCAUCACCCUCCUCCUGGAGAGAUGAAGCCACAGUGCCCGCGGGGACUGGCAGCCUGGAGACGUCCCUGUCCCCAUGGAUCUCUGAUGUCCCCCUGAGCUCCAUGCUGUCCCCAGCCUGCUCCCCCAUGUUCAGAGCACGACCCCCACCGUGGCCAGGCUCCCGCUGCCAUUGGGUUCAAGGCAGCUGCGGCAGCAUGCCCAAGGGAUGUGCUGCCACUGCUCUGCUUCCCUUGGCUCAGCGCCUGCUCUCUGCUCCCAUCAAGGAUUACCCCUGGAUCGCAGACCCUCCCAGCUGGGUUCAACCCCAGCACCCACAUGGCUGCCCUGCCUCCUCACAGAAUCACAUCUACAUCACAGGAUCCAUCUCUGCAUACCGGGAAAACACGAGGGGAUGGAGUCACAGCUGCACCCCCAGGCAGCCAUGCUCUGCAGCUCCUGCAUCACUCCAGCACCUCCCUGUGCCCAAGGUGGUGCUGGCCGCAAUGGGCACAUCCCCAAGUGAUUACAGUGCCCCCUCUCGAGGCACCUUGGUGGGUAUUGGUCCUGUGGGAGGCGAGUUAUAAAGGAUUGGUUCAGAAUGCACCAGCUGAUGUUGCUGCUCUGUAUUUGAGAGGGAAGCCCGUGAGCAGAGCUGGGAGAGCUCCUCUUUGACUGCUGUGUGGGGCCAUGUGUCCUGCGAGGGAGCUGCUGUUCCCUUUGCCCUGCCACCCAAGAGUUCCCCUACCUACUGGCAUUGCCCUGGCUGAUGUGUCAUGGAAAACUGCCUGAGAUCCCAGGAUGGCUGACGCCAUGUAGAGGUCCAGGAGGUGGCCAUGCCUGGCACUCUGCACCCCAUGCCCACCCAUCCCUGUGCUGGAUCUUCUGUCUCUCAAAGCGCUAUCUCCAGGAGACAGCCCUGAGCAGGGACAUUGUGUAUGGGGGCAUCCAGCUGUGGGCCAGGUGGGGAUGGGGUCUCAGCAUGGCUGGCCCCCACACCCACAGACCAUCCCCAGCCUUGCACUAUGGGCUUUUAGCCAUCCCACACCAAUACCAAGAAGGAGCCAAGGUGUCCCUUCUCUGCAGCUCCCAGUGCUGACAUCUGGGGCCUUGGUGUGCAGUGGGGGACUCUGCGACAAGAUGGGAGCAGGCAGGACAGGAGCUGCUCAGCUGGGAGACACGAAGCUGCAAGGCUGCAUGGAGGGAAUAUGGGAUAAGAAAAUGGGGUCAAAACUCAGCAAGAGCUGCUUGGAGGCUAAGCUGGAGAGGAUGAGGGUUUCAGGCUCCUUCCUGCAAGCACAGUCCCUCACCUCCCAUGCCCUCAUUGAAACACUUGUCUCACAGCUUCCUUCAGGCCCAUGCAUGCAUGUUUCACAGCACAAGCCUCCAGGAGACUCUUCCUCAAAGGGAAUAUACAGAGUUAGGUGGACGGAGCUACUCCCUCAUUCCCAUACAGCCUCCAACCCUCCCUGGUGAGCCAAUCGCACUGUGGUGCCAGCUGCAAAAUUUCUGAGGUUAACCUCUGACCAGCAUCCUGAGAGUAAUGAAGAUGUUGAAUGGAAUUCGACGUAAUUAGGAAGAAAUUAGGAAGAACUUCUUUACCGACAGGGUUGUUAGGAAUUGGAAUGGGCUGCCCAGGGAGGUGGUGGAGUCACCAUCCCUGGAGGUCUUUAAAAGACGUUUGGAUG